GCCGGCAGGACCGGUGGGAGGGAAGCGGGCGGUGGGGCCGCGGGGCUUGCAAAGGAAGAGUUGGAUGGAGAAGGCCUUCGUCGGCCCCGCAUCCCCCUCGGUCCUCUGCCUGUGCCCCCUCCCCUGUCUGUCCCCCUCCUUUCCCCGUCUCCCCUCCCUUCUCUGCCCCCUCGCCCCCUCCCUGGUCUCCGUCCCCCGCCCUAGCUUCCCCAGCACCCUGCUUCUCAUCUGCCCCUGUGUACCGAGGCGCCCUGCCUCCUGGUCUUUAUGAAACCCCUGGAGUGGAUGGGCUGGUGGGGCGGGGAUGCUUUCUGCUGAGAUUCUCGCCUCCAGUGAGCACCUGGGUGGGAAAACGCACGGACGGUGUUUACUGCCCUGGCGUUUACGGCCUGGUGGGGGUGGGGAGGCAGGCGGCGAACCAGCAAGAUUAACUUCCAAUGGCGAUGAGCUUACGAAAGUCAUAACGCAGUGAUGUGUGCGGUUUACCGGGGGGACAGAGCAGCCAGGGAAGGCCCUUGUCCUGGCCAGGUGGAUGAGUGGGCGAGUCCGUGGUCACCUCUUGGGAGAGGCCUUCCCGGGCUCCUGCUCCUGGAACCUUAGACGCCCCAUGUUCCUUAAACGCGUAGACCCACCUAAUGAGUCAGAAGCACUUGGAUGUAGGACUUAGGUGUCUAGUUUCAUCCAGCUCUCCAGGUGAUUCUGAGGUUGCAUUGAGAACUAGCGCUGUAGCCCAGCGCGUGCUCGUCUUGUGGGGAUGUGGUUAAAAUGCAGCUUCUGACCUGUUAGCUCUGAGGCUGGGCCUGGAAGUUUCUCUUUCUAACCGUCCCUGUACUGUCCUGGACUUCCUGUGUCUCCUCCUCCUUAACUGUCCUUGAUUGAAUUAAGCUGCCUUCCGCACCCUACUCAUUUCGUUUCCUCUCCACCCUUCGUUGUUUGUGUAGAUGUUAAUUAGUAGGUUCAUGAAAGAAGGGAAGGUGUAAACCCACAGCGCUAUUAGAUCUAACGGUUUUCCUGUUUAGAGUAGGAAGAUUCCUGGUUUGAACCUCCGGGGUCUUAGGAAGGUCACCUGGUCAUGUGACUCCGGAACCCGGCUGUAGACCAGACUCACCUGAGAAGCGGUCUUCCUGGGCCUUCCUCCAGAAUUUCUGGAUCAGAGUCUGACUCCAUUCUGCUUACUGCUAACAUUCCUGGGAAGAAAAGCGAAUGAAGUGGGAGCAAGUGCCUGUAGUUUCUGAAGACGCAUCUGGCCCGUGGGAUCGCAUUAGUCGGCUGUUGCUGAUUAGUAGGGAAAGGGGAGAAAGUGGUGGAGCUAGUGAGACAUUAACGUUUGCAUAACAGAAGCGUUUGUUUCCGUCUCUUUUGUCCACUGUUCACACCAACUCACUGUUUGAAGUGAGGACUUUAGGCCCUUUCGGCUGCAGCCCAGCUUCAAGGUGGGGUGAUUUGCAUACUCAAGAAUAACUGUGAAAGCGUGGGGGUGGGGAGUGCUUUCUUGCCGGAGUCUGGAAUUCAGAGGACACGUUGGGGAAGAAAACUACAGAAAGUACAGAAAAAGCUCUGCUUUCCUGUUGAUGUUCUACUUACUUGGCAUCAUGGACAAAUCUAAAGAAAACUGCAUUUCAGGGGUGGUUAAGCCCACGGUGCCGCCGGGCGACGGCCCGAAGCGCGUCCCGGUGCCUCAGCAGUUCCCGUCGCAGCACCCCGUCCCUGCGAACAGCGGCCAGGCACAGAGGGUGCUGUGUCCUUCCAACUCCUCCCAGCGAGUGCCCCCGCCGGCACAGAAGCUUGUCUCCGGCCACAGACCGGCUCAGAGCCACCUGAAGCAGAAGCAACCGCAGGCAGCCAGCGCCCCUCGCCCCGUCUCCAAGCCGCCGCACAACCCGCAGAAGAGUGAGCAGCCCCAGCCAGCGGCCCCCGGAAAUAAUUCUGAAAAGGAACUGGCAUCGAAGCAGAAAAACGAAGAAUCAAAAAAAAGGCAGUGGGCUUUAGAAGACUUUGAAAUUGGCCGCCCUCUGGGCAAAGGGAAGUUUGGAAAUGUUUACCUGGCGAGAGAAAAGCAAAGCAAGUUCAUCUUGGCGCUGAAGGUCCUGUUCAAGGCCCAGCUGGAGAAAGCAGGAGUGGAGCACCAGCUGAGGCGGGAAGUGGAAAUACAGUCUCACCUAAGGCACCCGAACAUCCUCCGGCUGUACGGGUAUUUCCACGACGCCACCAGGGUCUACCUGAUUCUCGAGUACGCGCCCCUCGGAGCCGUCUACAGAGAGCUCCAGAAGCUGUCCAGGUUCGACGAGCGGAGGACCGCCACGUAUAUCACAGAAUUGGCAGAUGCCCUGUCUUACUGCCAUUCAAAGAGAGUUAUUCACAGAGACAUUAAGCCGGAGAACCUGCUCCUGGGAUCAGCCGGAGAGCUCAAGAUUGCAGAUUUCGGGUGGUCCGUACACGCCCCGUCGUCCAGGAGGACCACCCUGUGCGGCACCCUGGACUACCUGCCCCCCGAGAUGAUCGAGGGCCGGAUGCACGACGAGAAGGUGGAUCUCUGGAGCCUGGGGGUCCUGUGCUAUGAGUUUCUAGUUGGGAAGCCCCCCUUUGAGGCCAGCACGUACCAAGAGACCUACAAAAGGAUAUCGCGGGUUGAAUUCACAUUCCCUGACUUCGUACCCGAGGGAGCCAGGGACCUCAUCUCAAGACUGCUGAUGCACAACCCCAGCCAGAGGCCGACCCUGAAGGAGGUGCUGGAGCACCCCUGGAUCACCGCCAACGCCUCCAAACCGCCGAGUAGCCAGAAAAGCAAAGAAUCGGCCAGCAAGCAAUCUUAAGACUCUUGCAGGGGGAGGACCCCGUGAGCCAGGGCUGCUGUGUUAACUGGUUAACUGGUCAGAUACACACCUCUUCACCUGCCUGUACUGCUGACGGCCUGCCUGCUGCCCGCAGCACUGUGGAAAAUAAAUAUAUCUACAGUUUUUUUCUGAGCAGGCAGUACGUCGUGCUCCCCCCUGGGGCAGUUCACCUCAGUAAACGUGCCACUGAAGCAAAAGUCGCCACGAGAAUUGCACUAACUUCCCUGGUUUCAUCAUCAGGAGGCGAGGUUCAAGGGCAGCCGCCCCGUAGCCUGUUUGGACUAGGCGUCCUUGCCACAGGUGACCCGGAGCCCACGGCGGCCGGGUGGCCCCCGCACCCUGACCCGGUCAGUCAGCAGCUGUGCAAUAAGCUCCCAUGUUCCUGAGUGUGUGUGUAAUUUAUUGGGUGGCCGCACCUGGGAAAGCUGUCGGAAUGAGUCUGUGACUCUUUUAAAUGUUAAAAUAAAGAGAUGUGCAUAGCCUUUGUCCCUUCCGGAAUGCUCUGUCACCACCGUUAGACCUGCUGUCGGGUCCCCUUAACCACUCGCCUUUUGUCUGAGCCUGCAAGCUGGGAGCACGCGCUCUACCUCCGUCGCGGGACCUGCUCAGGACGCAGAUGAGACACGUGGGUCUCAGCCAGUUCUACGUGUUCAGGGCCUGUACAAAAUGUUGAUGGUUUACGUGUUGUUUUUGUAAAUACAUUAAGACAUAUACAAAAUGGUUAUUCUCUGAA